UUCCGGUGUCCUGAAUAUCAACAUUUACUACAGAAUGAAGGUAGACUGCAGAACACUUCCUAGAACCGGAACAAAUCCAGACAAGAUGUCAAAGAGAGUUAAGAAGUUAAAAUGACAUAUGUAUUACAUAUACAUGUAUAUCUAAUGCCUCCAGUCAAACAUGGAUGAAAUACUUCAAACAUUAUGCCAGUGCGGUUUAUGCAAUGGACUUGCCAGCUAUCCGAAGAAAUUGAAGUGCCAACAUGUCUUUUGCCACGAAUGUUUGGUAGGCUACAUCAAUGAGCAUUUCGGUCAACCAUCAUUCUUUUGUCCUGUGUGUAGUUACAAACAUGUACCACAGGAACCAGAAGCGGAAGUGGACGAUACCAUGGUGUCUAGAUUAGAAGAGGAUUCCCUGACAAGAAAUUUACAAUUGUUUUAUAGUGACCAAAAUGAAAGGCCUGCUCUUCCAACUAGCGACGGUGUUUCAGCUCCUUUAUGUUCAAUACAUCCAAGGAGUCGCUGCUCGUACUAUUGUGAGAACUGCAAUACCCUUGCAUGCCCACGAUGUAAGGCAACCAUGCAUCAUGGGUGUAACUUUCAGACCAUCACAAAAGCUAUGAGGACAAGCUGUUACGACAGAAUGCGACAAAUUUCUUCUGACCUAGAGGCUGUUGUAUCACAAACUCAACUCCUUCAUGGAAGAUUGACAUCAAAGCUAGAAAAUGCAAUCCCAGACAGGGAAAGUACGGAAUCAACAGUGAAGGCAUAUUAUGCAGAUCUGAAGGGAAAAGUUGUUCACUAUCUGCAACAGCAAGAGGAAAAGAUACUAAAAAAGGCAAAAGAAUUAGAAGACAAAGAGAAAAGACACCUAGAACGCGACGUAUCAGUGUGUUCGUCACUGCUCUCUUCAUUAGAUGCCCGGCAGAAAUUGGCUUUGAAUUUACUCCUACAGGCAUCUACGAAACCAUCACAGAAUAUGGUUCUAGCAGGAGAUUUGACUAAGACUAUGACAUCAUUUACAGAUAUUUUACCAAAACUGGAGUCCGACUUGGCCAAGUCUUUUGACUUGAGAUAUAUGAUCAAUACUGAACUGGAGGACAAACUGACAACUUCAGACAUUGUUGAUAUUGAAGUGAUUAGCAGCUGCCAUGCAGGGCCUUAUAUGGUGACAUUUGGCGAUGGUGAAAUUCAGGCUGAUUCACAUGGUGCUUCUGUGGAAAGAACAGCAAAUGCAACAACAGAUUUACAUGAGGUAGAUGAAGAAGGUCUUCCUUCAUAUGAGUAUGUAUUACAACAGCCUUCCAUGGAAAUACGGGGCUCGUCUCUCACGUCUGCCGUUCGACAUCCUGUUCCUACAGCCCCUCCUCUGCCAGUGCCGCAAGUAGUGGGCCCUCCUUCCAGUUCUAUUUUGCAGCCAUCGGCUCCACCUCUACCUCAGUCUGAAUUAUUUAGUGAUCCUGAAAGCUUUCCAGCGGAAUUUACAGCAGAGUCUUUAGAUAGUAGCAGCAUCACAGCAGGUGAAUCUAGUGAAUCAAGACUAUCUGUUGGUUCCUCGGCACAUCGUCCGGUACCCUCAGAUAUCUCCUCUUCUACCAAAGACGGGAUUGCAGGAUUUAAGUACAGAGAUUAUUUUGAUAUCCAGUUAUCUGGGGACAUUAACAUUCCAUCUGUGGUAGCUAUAGCAACCGUUGGGGAUACUUUUGUAUUGAUUGACCAGGCAAAUUAUUGUAUGAAAGUUCUCAGUCAAUAUGGAGGUCUAUUGAAUGUUUACGACUUCGGAUAUGUAGAACCCUGGGAUCUGGCUGCUAUUUCUGAUGUGGAAUGCGUUGUCACUGCCCCAAAGCAGAAACAGCUGCUUUUCCUCACAGAUCCGGCACUAAAACAAGGGGAGGAAACUUCUGUCAGAAAGGCCAUGACAACGGGUCAAUAUGCACACAUUGCUUUCCAUAAAGAAACCCAGCAUUUGAUUGGCUGCCUUUGUCCACCAUUUUGUUCAACAAGAAUUGAUGUCAUUGACUUGCAGGGUCGGGUAAGGAGAAAGAUCCCUGUGGAUUACUGCACAAACCCCCGAAAUCUGGUUGUGACUAAGUCUUUUGACCUAAUUCUUAGUGACCUUGGUAAAUCAAAGGUCAUAUACUUCAAAUCAAGUGAUACAGAUUCAAUUAACAGGAAGGAUUUUGUUGCCCAUGCAGGUUUGAGUUUCACAAAACCACAAGGCAUCGCUAUAGUUAAUGAGGUGGACAUGCUUCUGAUUUUGGAAAGCAGAAACGGAGAUGUCUCUGUAACAACAUUUUCUGGACAAUUGCAAAAUGUUCUUCGGAAGCAAAUUUCGGUGAAUGCAUCAGAUGAAAUGGAACACCAAAUGUGUACAAGUAUUGAUGGUACUACUUUAGCUGUAACAAAUGCUGAUGGAUACGUCUCGCUCUAUGAAAUAGAGUAUUCCUACCUCCCGUCUGCUACCCAGGUGUAAGACACUCUUCCAUUGUUUUUGAGGAGUGGCGUAUGGUUCAAGACUAUAGCUAGUCAGCCUUCAGUAGGGAACACACAGAAAUUGUUUUUGUUUUGUGUAGUCCAUCAUAAGGCACAAGUGAUAUGAAUUAUACUGGAUGUACUUAAAGAAAUAUUUACAGAGAAUCAGUUGGCGGCGACGAACUGUUGGUAGAACAUUGUAAUAUUCAAACCACUUUCAAUCAUAAACCUCUUUCUAAAUUAUUUCACGAUUUUAACAGCGGUGUUCAAGAAAAUGUGUUCAUCUGAUAUUAAUUACAUUAUAUACCUCAAUUGGUAAAGUCUUUUCAUCAGCAUACGGUCAGUGUUAAGGUUAUGUACAUAUAGAUAAGAUUAUGUUAACAGUACUGCAUAUCAUUCCUGGCCAUCGGUACAAACGAACUUGUUACAAUUUCCCAAACCAAGGCCUGCUUAUUUGUAUUAUAGAUAUAUAGAUUAUAUAUUAUAUACCGACAUAUACUGCAGAUACUGACUGGCAUUGGAGGUUUUUGCUAAGUGCCUGUGAUCGUUGGUCAAGAUAUGACUGGCCACCAACCCCAAAGUUUGUGUUGUUUUUGUUGUUGUUUUUUGAGAAUUGCCCCUAUAAAUUUAAGUACUAGUUUGAAAUCUAGAAUCAGACAUAUCCUUGAGACCAAAAGCAUCAAGCUCAAUCUAUUUAAAUGUUCUAGAGAUAUAGGUGGCCAGUCAAGUCAAGAUAUGAGACAUAGAUCAUAUUUGAAUCUUUUGGGGAGAAACUCUUAUGCACAAGAUAUAUGUAACAAACCUAACAAACCAAUCUAUAAACCACAGUGACUGGAAAUUGGUUCUAAUUAUUCCCAGCCCACAGCCCUUAUAUUCAUUAACACAUACACAGAUAUGGAU